CAGAACGGUGACAGAACACGCGAUCGGCGUAAUGGUAACGAGCCACAACAUCUAACGAAGCUGAGAGAGUGAAGAGCGAGGGCGCAGAGCCAGAGAGAGAUCGAAAAUGGCGUCCGAUCCCUCUUUGAUCGAGAUCUCCGGCGAGGACGACUCGUUGCUGCAGCAGAUUCCGACCGACGAUGCCGCCAGGAACUUCUUCUCCUGCUCGCCUCUUCAAAUCCACGGAUCCAAGCCCCAUCAUCUCCCUCCUGUCGAUGGCGUGAACAAAGAGAACGUGAAUUCGAACAAGUACGAGAUGGUGAAGCUCAGUCUGGAGCCGCAGCAGAUGAAGAGGAAGAAGAAAGGCGGGGGCUACAAUCUGCGGAAAAGCUUAGCGUGGGACAGAGCCUUCUUUACUGAAGAAGGUUUCUUGGAUCCCGUGGAAUUAUCCAUGAUAAGCGGGAACGUUGGCAGCUCCACGGGGGAGAAGUUGCCCGUGAUCGACGAAGAAGGGGGAGAAUCGUUGUCCGAGUUUCCAAACUCCCAAAGCGAUUCAGGGGAUUCGCUUGCACCCAAGGAGAAAUUAUUCAAAGAAUCGCAGGUAAACGCUGCAAAUGAGAGCAGAACAAAACACGGCAGUUCACCACAUCAGCGAGAUGCAUUAACUAAGCGCGACAGGGCCCUGGUUUCUUCGACCAAGCGGAAGGUGCUGUCAACCUAUGAUGUCAAUGGCAGCAGGUCCAAGCGCAGCGGCAGCUCACAAUCCACUGCCCUAUCUCCACUGAUAAGGCCUGUGAAUGUGAAUUCAACAAAGGUGGCCAGUAAAGAAGUUAAGGCCUCUAAAAAGCCAGCUACCAAGCCAGAUUCCAGUUUGCGCGCUCCAACCGCUAAGACUGCUUUGCGAGUUGGUCAACGUAAGCAUAAUCAGCUUGCUCAAUCAGGGACGGCUGACAAAAAGAAUGCCGGACUGAAAGUCUCUUCAAGUAAUAAAACUCAUUCUCGACCUAGUACUCCAGCUGGUCCUUGUAGCAAGCCUCCAAUAGCUAAAUCCAUUGUUCCCCAAGCUAAAAGAAAUUCGGGAAAAUCAGCUUCCAGGUCGACUUCAUUAACUCACAGGAAUGAUAGUUUGGGGGAGAUAGAAGGUCGAAGAAACCCUUCAGCACCAGAUAGUGGCGCUGGAUCUGUCAAGGUAGAAGCCGCUCAUCCUGAAAAAGCUCAUCUUACUGGAGGGUCCAUUCAGCAUGUGCAACUCAAGGCCCCAAAACCAUCUGGUUUGCGUAUGCCUUCACCAUCUGGUUUGCGUAUGCCUUCACCAUCUCUGGGAUUCUUUGGUCAGCAGCCAAAAGCUUCUACCAAGGGACUAUUGAACAGCAACACCCGACCAAGCUAUGACCCUCAGUCUGCUACAGUUAGUUCAAUGAGCCAUACAGCAGUAAACCCUCUGAGUGAGCUGAAGCCGCCACAUGUGCAUGAAAAAGUACAAAAGAUGACCAUUGAUGACACAAAUCUGAACAUGCGGUUAAGCACGGAAGUCUCUGCUAAAUCUCUCAACCUGGAAUAUCAAAAGCAAAAUGCAGAUCCGGAAUCUCAAAAUAUAUCAAAGAUGAAAUUGGAAAUACAACAUGAUGCUUUGGAAAACCAUCAAAAGAUUCAUGGAUUUCUCGAGGAUGGUAGUGAAGAACUUCAUGGGCAUAUGGAACUCCACAAAAUUGAGAUAAAACCUCGAGUGGAUGACGGAAACAUGCCAGUUGGUAAUGAUAUACCAUUUUUACAUAUGGGACCUUGUGGGAAAGAGCAAAAGAGUAAUUACGAGAAGAAUGAUAUGAUUGGUAGCCAAUGCGUCGAAGCACCAUCAAAAGUUUUAGCUGGGGAUGCUACUGUUUUCUCCCAUUCCCCUUCUGCUGAUUCUGGUGUUUGCAGAAUCCAGAGUAGUUUUGGAUUGCCAGAUCAUCAGCUACACGGUUCUAAAGGUGCCUCUGAAUUUUCAGAGAAAGUUAAAGUAGUGGAAUCUCAUAUCUAUGAUAAUGAUCAAACUUCCGUUGCGAACCAAGAGAAUCAAGCUAGGUUUGUGGGGGCUGGAUCGUCUGAAGAAUUCCAUAAAAAUUGUGAAGAGAACACAGACAAUUCAAAUGAUCAAGAUGAUAAUGUAAAUAAUAAAGAAAGAUCUUGUGUACUUCCCUUGAAACUUGCAGAGCAGGCAGACAAUGGCUUUCAAGGACUGCAUGACAGCAGCACGGAAUCAUAUAUUGAAGAUUUGGAGAACUUGGUUUUUUACGGCAGUCUCACAGCUAGUCAUGGUGGAGGCACUUCCCUGGCGGGUGACCAUGCUGCAGAGCAAGUUACUUGCGAAAACAAAGGAGCAAAUGAAAAUGAUGAGUUAUUGGUGGGUGCUAAAUGCAUGAUGAGCAUUAAUGAACAGCCAGAAGUUCAUGCUGUAGACCAAGUUGCUCAUGAAAGGGCACGAGCAAUUGAAAAUGAUGACAGCUCCACUGCUUUUUGCCCUGUACAUCCAUCAGAGAAUGUUCACCAAUCUGACAAAGCUAAAAGAGUAGAAGUUCUAUAUGCCGAGGAAAAUAAAUCAGCACAACAAGAGAGGGAGCCAAUGGUUGAAAAUUCUGCCUCCUUUAGUGACCGACAACCAACUGACAACAUGUUCCUCCCUAGUCAAGUUGAUGCUUUUAAUCCGGGAUCUUCUUUGAAGGUGAACAGAGACCAAAACAUGGUUGCAGCAACUGAUGAUACUUAUGCUUCCUUUAUUCGUCUAGGAAGUGAUCAUUGCAGUGGGAUCAAAGAGGAAGAUAGAUAUGUCUCAACCCCGCUAGUAUCCGUGGUUCAAGAUGGAGAUGAUAUUAUGCUAAUGGAGUUGAAGGAGUGUGAUCAUGUGGAAGAAAAACAAAUGCUUCAGUCAGUGAAGAAUGCUUCUGUCAGUUUAAUGACAGGUAUGCCACUUCCUGAUACACUGACAGGAACAGAGCUAUUGUCAGGAGAAGUGCAUAACUCAUCUCAUGAAGAUAGCCUUAGUGGGUCCUCUGGACAACACCAAAAAUUAAAGGACUGUAACCAGCCUAAUGUCUCUGUACAUGUUGAAGAUCCAUCUUGGCAAGAUGAUGCAGAUCCAACAAAUGAAGAAUUUCACAGUUUUGAUAAUGCCAUGAAGAAUUCUUCCGCUGUGGUUGGACAACAGCAGCUGUUGGAUGGCAGUUCAUUUGUUGAUUGCUCACUCAAGAUGAACGGGUUGGCUGGGGACGAUAACUUCUCCUUGGCUUCUCAUCGAAAUGAGCAAUCUGAUUAUCAGCCUGAGCUUCACGAUCCCUGCUUCAUAGCGGAACUUGAUUCACAGACUCAUCAAGGAUUGUCUUCAAAAGAUGAGAUGUCCACUGUGGACAACCGUCUUAAAGAACCAAAGAGAUGUUUUGCCAUUAGUGGUAGUCUGUGUCAAGAUGAUGUCUCUAUAAGCGAAUGUCCAAAGGCUGAUAUUUGUUACCAAGGAGAACCUGUUCUGCAAGAUAAUUCCAGCGAUAUAGGAACAAUUUAUGAAGACCCUAAUAUGGAGGAUGUGUUGUCAGUUUCUGUGCAAAAAUAUCAAUCAAAUAUUUACGAUGCAUCGCUUGAAGAUGAUGCUGUGGAUGUGGACAGAGAGGAAUUUCCUGAGGCAGAAGGAGUUAAUGUCAUGGUUUCAUCUUGUCAGUCAAGUGAAGAAGUGGGUUUGGAUGUCAAAAAUGAUGAAGCAGAACUGCCUGUAAACAACCGAUGCAUAGAAGAAGCUAGUCAGUUGACAAGUAGCAUUUUACCUGAAAAGGCUGAUUCUAGUGUUCCCAGGGAAAGUUUUAGUUGUGAUGUCCAGAGGCAACAUCAACUUGGUAGUACCUUAACUUCCAGCAAGGAUACGACCACAUUAGUCCAAGGGGAAAUUUGCAGGAAAGAUGGGAAACAAGAAUCUGCCAUAGUGAAACCUCCACCUGAUGCUGCUCCAUUCUCUGAGGAAUGGUUAGCGGCAUUUGAAGCUGCUGGGGAGGAAAUUCUUACAAUGAAAUGCGGUGCCGUCCAAAAUUCUCCUCCUGACAAGACUCUGCCUGAACCCAGUCCAUGGUCACCGGUGAAGCGAAAAAAUAAUCAGGAAAUUGGACCAUUUGACUGUACAAAGUUCACUAAUAUCAGCAACAGCAUUCCUGAAUCCAGCUCCGAAUAGUCAACCCAUGAGUCUAAUCAUUCUUUUGUCUCUAACCAUGGCCAUCCCCUACCACGUGAGGGAGGGAAAAUAGCCCACUCACCUACUAAUUCAUUCAUUUCUUCUUGUUCAUCUCUCUACCUGUAAUGAGGAAUAUCCUGCUUGGAGUUCAUGUACUCGUGUUCUGAAUCAGAAAUUGUUCUGCUUCUUGCUGCCAGGAGGAAAAUACAAGGCCAUGUCGUUUCAGUUUUCAUUUUGACCAAAUCACAGCUUAUGAAACAUUCUCUGCACUGAAUGUCUCGCCCUCAUAAAGAUAUAUCAAAUUUCGUAUCUCACUAGAUUGCUUAUAUUUUAUAUACA